AUGAACACUGUUCAUCGCACGUGCCUCGGCGCAUCUGCGCUGAGCGCGUCGCCCGAGCGAAAGUGUUUGGGACUGUCGAAAGCGCGAAAAGGGCGGCGUCGCGUUGAACGUCGCCUCGCACGCGUUUCGAGGUGCGCACACGCACAGCAUGGUGACGCGAGCCAUGUCAAGGUUAGUCGCGAGCCGGAUGCGAUACCCACGGUCGUCCUAGAGCGCCCGAAGACGAGUCAUACGGCGGGAGUGAAAGUAAUUCUGUUACCGACGGCGCAUGUGAGCGAGCGCUCCGCCUUGGACGCCGACGAGGUAAUACGAACGAAUAAACCCGACGCAGUGCUACUAGAAGUGUGCGAUGAGCGCGUUGAUGGCAUCAUUGACCGAAUGAAAGGCGUCGAGAACGACGACGUAGUAGUACCCGGUGCGGUGCAUAUUGUUGGUAUGCCGGCGGGUGUUCUUCCUGGCGGAGUGGAUGAGGUUGUUCUACUGUCGCGUUUACGCACAAAAGUUGGGAAGGGAGUGUCGUUGGAAGAUCUCAAAAGUGAUGCUGAGUUAUUGUUGCGCACUGGUUUAUUCGAAUCGGUCAUUGUACGCGGACGUGCUGAAGACGAACACGGUGCGCGCACCGUCGUUUGGAAGGAAGGGAAGGUGACUUUGGUGGUAUCGGUUGCCGAAAUUGUCUUCACCGUUCAUCCGAUGGGCGCAGAGUUGACUUCAGACAUCCGAUUCAAGUGGAACGUUUAUGAAAAUUUCGUCUCCGCUACUUCGGAUGCCGCUGCAGAGGUUGAAGUGAUGCGACGAGCGGGCGAGCUUGUGAAAGUGAGCGAUUGUGCGAGCGGUCAAGGCAAGAUGAGCGCGUGGCAGACUGCAGCUUUGUGCGCAUCUUUGGUUAUUGCGGUCCAAGAGAGGCUACAAAGUGGCUACACCGUAGCGCUGGAUGUGAGCGAUGGGGAAUGUAUAACGCUCGACGUGGUUCCAGAUGUGGCUUUAUCGACGGAUAGGUGGUUUGAGCGCAUUGACGUCAGUCUUCAGGACGUGUUGUCCAUUUCAUUCAUCGGCGAGGCGGCGAGAGCGGGGGCGGGAGCGAAUAAGUCGUCUCCAUUGACUGUAAAAAUUAUGAACGGGAUGAUGACGCUUGCUGAGUCUAUUAUUUCGAACAAACUCGACGCUCAAGACGGUGGGGAAAUCAUUGCUGGUUUAUCAGCAGCGUUCGAGUCGCGCACUUCACGUGUCUACUUGGCUGAUUCAGAAGUAUCCAAGACGAUGCGAUCGCUCGAAGAAAAGCUUCAUGAACACGUUCCAGGAAUGAAGCGUUCGCUCGCGCGCUAUAUCCUCGGAUCCAUACGAUCGUUGAUUACAUCCGCCUUCAAGACACGUAAACAGUUAACCACGGCUAUCGAAACCGAGCGUUUGACGCUGAUGCGUUCGGGUGAGGUCAGCAUGCCGCCUCACAUGCGCGAAGUAUUCAUAGAUGAACGAGACAGCGUCUUGUUUGAUUGUUUAUGGUCCGUGAUCGAGGGUAAACCGACGGACCGUCCUGGCUUUUACCACAGCGCCUCCUCGACGUUUGAAUACGCGCGUCGCGUCCCGGCACUCGACCUCCCCGCCGACGGCGUCUCAAUCACCGUAGUCUUCGUCCUCGGCGCCGCACACGUCCCCGGCAUCGUUCAUCGUUGGAACGAGGCGUGCUCGAGGGAUUAG